AUGGGUUACAACACUGGAAAAGCUUCACUUAUACAUUUUCUUUUGGUACUGGUACUACUUCUGACUUUAGCAUUGCUUAUAUCUCCAGUUUUUUGGUCUCUUAUUGCUCUUGUUACAAUAAUCCACGUAGUCGCUUUUGCCCUACAACUUAUAGUUAGGAUUUGUACAACUUCUAUUGAAAUCCUACAAUUUGCCGUAAAGAAUUUCUUAAAGGCCAUUUCUGUCUGCGGAAGACGCAUUCUCAAAUCGAACACAGUCUGUAUCAACACUUAUGUCUCCAAUAGCUUUCGUAAAGUUGUGAGAAGUAUGAGUAGAGUACGAAUAUAUUUCGUUCUCACAUUCGGUGUGGGUUUUGGUGCAUACAAACCUCACAACUUAGUUGAAGAACGGCCAAAAUUCCGUCUUCGAUUAUAUAUUCCCGAUGAACCUGAAAUCAUACCAAGGCAAGAGAGAUCCAGGAUGAAAUUGAAGGUUAAAACUCUGCCGAAAUCCAUUAGAUAUCGACCACACAUUCCAUCAAUCCUUGGACCUAAUUACAUCGAAGGAUGGAAAGAGCUAAUCGAUUUUUAUCUUUCCAAGAAAUACGCCACUGGAAUAUCAGAUGGGCCAGAGUUAACAGCUGCAGUAAUUUUUCAAAAAAAGCUUUCUUCGAAAGAUAUCAUUGAGCCGUUCGCAAAGUACCGAGUUGGCAAGAAAACACGUGGCUUGAAGACAAACCAAUUUGACUCCCGAGCUAACAACCACCAUGCAAAAAAACUUGACCCGAUCGAGUAUCCUGAAGUAAACAAUUUACUUGAUAAACCAAGAAAUAAACUAGUUCAACAAGAGAGAACCGAAUUCCUGGAUCUAAGCCCACAAGAAGCUUUAAAUGCCGCUCGUGCUCAGCUUGAGCAUCGAUUGAGAAGUCACAGGAAGCGACGACGUGAUCAAAUGCAACGAGAUUGCUCUACUUGA